GUGGACGGCGGCUAGGUUAAAACAACAGAUCCGACAAUGCCUAAGCAAAUCCACGAGAUCAAGGACUUCCUUCUGACAGCUAGAAGGAAAGAUGCUCGGUCUGUGAAGAUCAAGAGAAGCAAAGACAUUGUCAAGUUCAAGGUUAGAUGCUCAAAGUAUCUCUACACGCUCUGCGUCUUCGAUCAAGAGAAAGCCGACAAGCUUAAGCAGUCUCUUCCUCCAGGUUUGAGUGUGCAAGACCUUUGAAGAUGAGAUGAUGAAGCCCUUGUUUUGAUGAAUCAAUAUGAGAAAUGUCUUUUUUUGUUUUAGCUGAAUUAUGUUCAAACUUUUUUGAGUAUGAGUAUGUUUUCUGACAUUUUUUGGUUUAAAAGAAUCAAUUACGGUCUCUCUCUCUUGAUUCUACCUUUAAUUACGUAUUGAUUCCAUUCCUCUACGAUCAGUUACAAUCCUUAACAUCUCUUUGAUCCUACACUUGUUGUACAUUUACUCGGAAAUUUUUU